AUGGCAGAUGAUAAAUCCAGCACUCCCGACACAGUAGUCGCCAGUGCCAAAUCUGAAGAGACUGAUACUGAAGCCACGACCAAUGGAGGCGAUACGAAAGCUGCAAGCGUAGUCAGUUCAACUGUUACUGUACAUGAGAAAUCAGAUAAAUCAACUGAUAAGAGUUUCAGUGCUAAAGUCAAAGACUUGUGGACUGAAUUGAGUAAAGGAAUUAAAAGCAUUUCUUCGUCCACUGGAAGGAUGAUAUCCAAAGCUUGGUCUGCAACUUCCAGUAUACCAAGUAAGAUGCAGCAUCGUUUAUCUGAGAUGUGGGAACGUAUAAUACACCGCAAAAAGGGAAAGGGUGAGGAUUCUGCCGCAACCGAGGCGACUAAGACCGAGACUGCGACGACUACGAGUGUUGCCACGGAGGCGACAAAGACGGAGAAGACGGAUGGAGGGGCAAAACCCGAAGCAGAGAAGACGGAAACAGAUACUAAGAAAGAUAAAGGGGAGAAGUCAAAGGUAGAAGAUAAGAAAGGCUGA